CAAAGAACUUGGAGGAGGCCAUCACCAGUGGACUUGACUGUGAAGCACUACUACAGAGGAAAUGUAAACCGAAAGUCAAUCUGAGAGUUGCCCAACAGAGUGACCCCAACCCUGACUUUAACAGCAGGCAAUUACAAGAUACAAUCAGAAACGUUGAUCAGUUGAUGAAAGAUGUACAGGCAAUAAGAAACCAAAAUCAACCUGGCCAAGGAAAUCAAAGGCCCAGAUCACGUAAUUGGCAACCACCCCAAAGUAGGCCUCUUAUCUGCUUCACAUGCGGAAAUGAAGGACACAAAGCCAUUAAUUGUCGAAACUUCGUGCAACCAAUGAUCAGGCCAAGGGGGCCUCAACGAUUUAAUAACCAACAUUCGGGAAACGGGAUGUAGCUGAAUUAAUGGGUCGUAAUUCAGCCUCAAUUAAAGAAAGACCCCUUAAACCUAUUUUAGAGAAUGCGGG